AUCUUGGUUGUAUUGUUUCAGAGAGGGCUCAGAAACACGGACCUAACAUGUGAAUACAUUUUUCCAAUACACUGGUUUAUAGAUGUUUCCAAGUUUGAAAUGGCCACCAGCGAGCUGUCAGCGCGGGACAGCUGGUGCACUUCACAGUUAAGGAUUGUACUUCUUGGCGGCAGAAACUCUGGAAAGAAUUCCGUGGGGAACUUAAUCCUGGGCAAAGAGGAGUUUGCCACCAAAGAGAUUACGUCCUGCUCUCUCAGGCUUGCCCUGGUGGCGGGACGGUGGCUCACAGUGGUGGACACUCCCGGCUGGUGGUGUGACUUCAGCGCUCAGGACACGUCUGAAGUGGUGAAGAGGGAGAUCAUAACAAGCGUCUCCCUGUGCUCGCCGGGCCCGCACGUGUUUCUGAUCACGGUCAAGGCCAGCUCGGCCUUCUCAGAGAAGCGCCGGAGGGCCGUGGAGGAGCACGUGGCCCUGCUGGGUGAGAAGGUGUGGAGUCACUGCAUUCUCGUCUUCACCUCCGCCGACAGGCUUCAGCACGCGGAAGCGGGGGAGUGCGUGGCGAGAGGGGGAAAGGGCCUCCAGUGGCUCAGUAAGAAGUGCGGCGGGAGGUGUCACAGUGUUAUCUCGAGCGACGACGCUGAAGUCACACAGCUGCUUGUGAAGAUCCAGGAACUUGUCACAGAAAAUGGAAACAACGUGUUCGAGAUGCCAGAAAACAUUUUACAGAAGGCUGCAGAGGAGAAGAGAGGGCUGGAGCUGAGGGCUCAGCAGAGGUUCAUGAGAAUGAAACAACAUAGAUCUCUCAUGCAAGAGAAGUCGAGGACAGUUACUGACAUCCGGAUGGUGCUGCUUGGAGCAAAGGGCUCCGGGAAGACCUGUGCCCUGAACACAAUACUGGGCCGAGACAACAUCGCGGAGUGUCCCAGGAGAACAGCUCGGUGUGUGGUCGGAAGAGGACGGGUGUUUGGGAGGCACGUGACCGUGGUGGACACGCCGGGCUGGUGGAUGAACUACUUCUGCAACGAGAGCCCCAUCUUCGAUCAGAGGGAGCUGGUGCUGAGUUUGUCCCUCUGUCCUCCGGGGCCUCACGUCUUCCUGCUGUUGGUCCGCGUGGACAGAGCGUUCCCUGAGACCUACAGGAGGGCAGCGCAGGAGCACCUGGAGCUGAUCAGUGAACGCAUCUGGAGCCGCGUCAUCCUGCUGUUCAGUUUCGGGGACUGUCUGGGCGGCACCACGCCCGAGCAGUACAUCGAGAGCGAGGGGGCGCCGCUGCAGUGGCUCGUUGAAAGAUGCGGCAACAGGUAUCACGUUCUGAACAGCAGAGCUAAAGGGGAUGGGUUUCAGGUCAGAGAGCUGAUUGGGAAGAUCGAGGAGAUGAUGACCGGCCGCAACUUGCAUUAUGAAAUAGAGAGGACGGUCCUGGAACGGCUGGAGCAGGGUGUGACAAACGAAAAGGAGAGGGCCACCAAGAGGCUGAAAAAGAAGGAGGAACAAAGGCAGAUGGCCAGGUCUCAGCUCGAGAAGGUUAACCCUCUGACUGAACUCAGACUGGUACUUGUUGGUGGCAGGAAAACGGGAAAAAGCUCCUGUGGAAACACCAUCCUCGGCAGGGAGAGCUUUGAUACGGACACCCAAACCACUUCCUGUUCUGAACAGCAAGGCAACACCUGUGGCAGGGCAGUGGCGGUGCGAGACACGCCGGGUGGCUACUCCGUGUCUUCUGACCUUGUCGCGGAUCCGUGCGCGAUCCUCGUGGUCGUCAACGUAAGCUGUUCGUUCGGAGGUGCGCAGAGGGCAGCUUUGGAGGAACAGCUGGAGGCCGGUGGAGGCCGGCUGUGGGGCAGGGCGCUGGUCCUGUUCACCCACGGCGACUGGCUGGGGGACACGAGCAUCGAGCAGCGGAUCGAGAGCGAAGGAGAACCGCUGCGGAGGCUUGUUGAGAAGUGUGGGAACAGGUAUCACGUUUUAGACAACAAGCACCGCGGGGAUGGCGCUCAGGUCAGGGACCUCAUCGAACUGACUGAGGAGAUGCUGGUCGGAGGAAGGCUGGCCGCGCUCCACAGAGGUCACAACAUGUGGAAAAGCGUUUCGCAGCGAACAGAUGCAAUGGCACCAUGUCAUAAGGAGUUAAACGCGCUCAUUAGGACUGGACAUCAGCCCGUGUCCCGUGAUUUGUCUGACGCAACACCACAUCCAUCACUGAGCUGCUCGGCAGGUUCAGAUGCUGCUCAGAUUGUGGCGGUACCAGCAGGAGGAGCCAGAGGACAGGCUGGAUUCACCAUCGUAGACAAAGAACUCUUCAUGUCAUACGUAGCCUCCGUUCUCUCAGGUAAACACGGGCCAAGAUGGCAGACGAUAAACGUGCCCGUCCAGUUCCCUGCUCCUCACGACCACCUGGCCCUGAACGACCGUGUGCAUCCAUUCCCCCCCGGACAUCAAGCAGUGCUUGUGGUUUCGCCUGAGACACAGCACAGGGCCCUGGCAGAGCAAGACGUCAUCAGCGUGCGUUCCCUCUGCCAUCCUGCUCUCAGAGAACAGACUCUCAGGAUGCUCUCCGAGUCUGGAGGCCUGCAGGCGCUGAUCGACCAGUGGGGCAACAGCGACCUGGAGGAGCUGGAGGCGUUCAUUGACUCGUACUUUGAGACGGUGUGGGAACAGACGAUGGGGUCGUUUCAGCUCACUGAAACCGACUGCCACGCAGCAGACCAGGACUCCCUCUCUGUAAGGGAAGUCAAUCAGGAGGAGGUGCUCUCAUCCAUUGAUAAGAAGCUUUCGAAGUUGGAGCUCCUUGAGGAGAUCAAGAGCGAUCUGGCAGAGCUGAGGCAGAGUCUGGAGCACAGCUGGAGGGCCAUACAAGAUCUCAAAGACAAAAGCAAACACUCGUAGCGCCUGUUAAUGUAAAGGAGCCAGUUGUCAGGAGGAAGGAACGAACUGUCAUCUGUAAACUUUCAUCAAAAGAAGAAAGGUUGACAGGUUUGUUAUGAUAUCUCUCCACAAGAGGGAGCUGUUGUAUAGGAGACAGUUGUGUGUGAUACAUUUGUGCUGAUCCACCCUAUUUUCUUUUUAAAAAAAAUCAAAGGAAAAUAUCAAAUGAGUUGGAUUUUACUUGGAGUAAGGAAACUGAUUUUGAAAUUAAAAGUAUGCGUGUUGCCACCUUACACAUAAUGUUUUAGUUGACACUUUCUUGUCAAGUUCUGAGGCGGACAUUUACCAUUGAUAUUUUGCUGGUCUAGUUCACAUGUACAAAAACAGACACACUUUCAAUUAUAAAUAAAAUCGUGAUGAUAGAUGUGCAAUUGCUGAGCAUCUCAUCUCCAAACAGCCUCCUAUCUCAUGUGAAGAUUUUUUCUUGACUCUUGGCUUCAGCGCAAGCAAAAGGUUUGGAGCAAACAUAUAAACCGGCAUACAUACUCAUACACACAAAGAAACAUAAAGAAUAUGGUCCAAGCACUGAAACAGUAUUAUAGUCUAAUACCCACAUCCUUAGAGGGAAUCUGUGCUGAAAGGAAUGUUUCUGGAUUUAAAUAAAUAAAUGUAACAAGUUUUUUUUCAUGAGCAUUUAAACUCUGAAAGCUGAAAUCAACCAUUUCCAUUUACACAGAAGAGUCCACGUGUCUACUUCCCCCAGUUUGUAGCCAAACCCUGAGAAUCUGACAGUGGUUAGAAACAGGAAGUUGAAUCAGCUUAACUGUUUCUUUGAAGAGAGAAGAAAACAGAGAAUCUGAGCAGCCUCCAUUAAAAGUCAUCUUCCACAUUUUAUCAAGGGCCUCCAAGUGAGUCACGCACAGACACACACAACAGGACUUCACAAGGACUCAACAGUCACUCAACUGUACAGCAACACCAGGAUGUGGGUGGCAAUUCUUUUCAGACAAAGAUAAAUUUGCUUGAUGUAGACAACUUCUCCAAAUGCAAAUGUGAAAGAGGCUGAAAUCUGAAAUCUGAAGGCAUCAAAGGACUGAUGCUCUCGCUCCUCCCGAGCGGCAUCACUGUGCUCACAGUCCUUUUUCAUAAAAGCUGCAUCAAGCCGGUGGCUCCACAUGGUGGUGAGAGAUAAGUGCUUGAAAAAUGUAAACGUCAGUGACCAGAACUCAUUUACAGGUGCCAUCGGUGAACUGAACACAAUCUGUCUGAGACUUCAUACUUCUGACUCAUUAGAGUUGAGGCUUGGGCUGAUUUGUUUAGCUCCUCUCUGUGGGCAGAGAGGUACAUGUAAGCCUAUUUUACCCAGUACAGUAAUAAAACGACAAAAAAAUAGGAAUGGGAAAAGUACUGUAUUGAUAUAUGUAUUGUCACAAUUAAGACACUGGCAAGUCAACUAUAUGAUAAGACUUCAGCCACCAGUGAGUCUGUGAGACUACUACUAUUUAUGAACAGCUGUGGAUUUAGCUCAACGCUACUUUGCUCUCAGUCACAAUGAUUGAUGAUUUUUUUUUGCCUCGUUCACAAUCUUAACUUAGCAUGCUAAAAUUAGCACAAUAAUUUGACUUAAGAGAAGAAGGCAGCUUUGAAAGUAAAAAGACUUCAUGCAUUUUUAUAAUGCAAGUUAUAAUCGUGAUUUUUUUUUUUUACCUGGAUAUGAUCUUCUUACUACACACUGGAGUACACAAGGUCAUUCCUCAGAAAUUUCUUAUGAAGUGUGGCAUUUUCAGACAUAUUUUUAUUUCUUGUGUCAUUUUAUAGCGUUAAAGAAAAUGAUGAAUUUGUCUAAGACGAAGGACAGGGUUCCUAUUCAUUGAGAUUAUAUGACAUGAAAUGAAAUGCCAACACCAUUAAAAGGCAUACUG